AUGUCUACUGCCAAAGAACGUCUGAUGCUUCUCAUUCCUUCCACUGUGCUCGAAACACUCGUAAUCAUCGCAACCCAUGUAUAUGCAGAGCGUCCUGCCACAAUCUUCCUCUAUGCCCUGACAGCCAAUUUCCUUCUUUUGGCAAUAUGGAGGGUCUUCAUAUGGCCCUUUUUCUUCAACCCCCUUCGACACCUGCCUACAGUCCGGGGCCCCCUAAUCGGAGCAAAAGUUUUCAUGCUCCACCCUCGCGGCAGCAUAACCCUAAAUUGGCUCCGAACAAUCCCAAACGAAGGCCUCAUCCACUUCCGCGAAGCUCUGAACGACAGCUUUCUGUUAGCUACAAAUCACAGAGCAUUGAUGGAUGUCUUGCACACUAACAGCUAUGAUUUUGUCAAGCCACCAGGCGGACGGGAGUUUCUAGCUCGUGGGCUGGGGUACGGACUUAUUCUCUCUGAAGGGGAUGCUCAUCGUGCACAGCGGAAAGCUGUCACUCCUGCGUUCACGAUCAAGAAUAUCCGGGCUAUGUAUCCCCUGAUGUGGACGAAGACGCAGCUCUUUUUGAGUCGGUUGGAGAGCGAGAUUAGACUUCAUGCCCUGCCGGGCUUGCACAAUGCGAAUCCGGCUGGGUUUGUUGAGAUUGGGGGGUGGGCUAGUCGAUUGACUUUGGAUAUCAUAGGUCCUGCUGCUAUCGGCCGCGACUUUCAGUCAUUGGAGAAUGAAAACGACCCAGUGUCGCAGAGCUACUCUGCAAUCUUAAAGCCGUCGACUGAUCUGAUCGUCCUUUUUGGUGCCUCGCUGCUUCUGCCCCAGUGGCUGGUAAGAUUGAUUCCUUGUAAGGCUAAUAUUGUGCUCCCGCGCAAUGUCAGGUACCUGCGACAGGUAUUCCACGACAUUGUGCGCGAGAAACGCACGCUGCUUGUAUCUGAGAAAAUGGACCAUGAAGCUGCCGACGGUGAUAUUCUAGGUACAAUGAUGCGAGGUGGGGAGUUCAGCGACAGCGAGCUGGUGGACCAGAUGCUUACAUUCCUUGCUGCGGGGCAUGAAACAACAGCUGGGGCUUUUACUUGGUGCUGUUAUCAUCUUUGUGUAGAGCCCCAUAUCCAGGAUAAACUGCGUCAAGAAAUCCGCCACUCGAUUCCUUCCCCAGCCGACUUGGUAUCCUGGCAAGACCUUGAAGGUAUGCCUUAUCUCAACGGCGUAUGCCAGGAAGUACUUCGUCUAUACCCCACCGUCCCAAUGACAGGCCGUGAAGCCAUUCGUGAUACUAUGAUUGCAGGGAAGAAGAUACCCAAAGGCACAACGAUCGCACUUUGUCCGCAGUCUAUUAAUCGGAGCCCGGAGUUCUGGGGCGAGACUUCCGAUCAAUUUCUGCCUGAGCGAUGGAUUGACACCGAUACUGAGACCGGGAAACAAACUCCUAAUAAACAUGGAGGUGCGACGACGAAUUUCGCCCAGAUCACUUUCCUUCAUGGGCCUAGGGCGUGCAUUGGGAAGGAUUUCGCGAAAGCUGAGUUUCGCUGUGCGGUCGCGGGGCUGUUUGGUACUUUCCAGUGUGAAUUAAAGGAUCCAAAGCAGAAGAUCACUUUUGGAGGGACAUUGACUAGUCAACCUUUGGAGGGAAUGCAUUUGAAGUUGAUGAAGAUUGGGGGCUGGAAAUAG